AUGGAAAAAGCUAGUGACGCGAAGGACAGGGAAAUCAUCAAAAAGUUAACUAUUGUUAAAAUAUCUUCCCUAAUUAAGGAUGGAAAUAUAUCAAAUUGCAAAGAACUUAUUUUAAAGAAUAAAGGUAUAGAAGAAUGUGAAGAAUUAUAUCAGAUGAAAAAUUUAAAUAAAAUCGAUUUAAGCCAAAAUAAAAUAAAAGAUUUGUCAAUGAUUGAAAUGAAUUUAAAUUUAUAUCAUAUAGUAUUACAAGAAAAUUUAAUUGAUAAUAUAAAUUAUUUAAAUAAUAUAAAUAACUUAUUAUUUUUAAAUUUGUCAAAUAAUAAGAUAAAAUUAAUAGACAAUAUAUGCCAAUUAAAAAAUCUAAAAACGUUAAUAUUAGCUUAUAAUGAAAUUGAAAAAGUUCCAAAUUUAUCAAAUUUACAAAGUUUGGAAACAUUGAUUUUAAAAAAUAAUAAUAUUGAAAUAUUUACAAAACCCGCAAAAGAAAUGAUAAACUUAAAAAAAAUAUCUUUAUCAUUUAAUAAAAUUAGACAAUUUUGCUUUGGUUCUCACUUUUCAAACCUGCAAGAACUAAGAUUAAAUUCGAAUAAAUUAAUAAAUAUUGAUAAAGAUAUAAUUUACAUGGCUGCUUUAAAGCAAUUAUAUUUACAAAAUAAUUAUAUUAUGGAAUCGGAUUUUUUAAAUUAUAUAAAUGAACUAAACAAUAUCAAAAGUAUAGUCAUUUCAGACAAUCCCUUUUUUAAAAAUAUGAAUAUAGAAUUAUUGAAUAAUUUUAUUAAAAAAUCUAGAAAUUUAAUUACUAUUAAUUCUGUACCAAUUCCCUAUGAUAAAAAAUUUGUUACAUUCCCAUUUAAUACUUCACAUAAUUUAUCUUCCACCGAAAAUUAUGCCAACUCUAAUACAAAUAAAAAGGGUAAUAACAGGAAUAUGAAAACAAAAAACUUUUUUAAAGUUAAAAAAAAUAACUUUCAUAAUAAAUCAAAAAAAAACAAUUAUAAAAAUAUAAAACAACAAAAAUAA